CAUCAGGGUGGUGUGUCUGUCUGUACAGACUAUAAAAGUCACAUUCUCCUGCUCAGCUCUCCACACUCCUAUUUGAUUCUCCCAGCUGCCUCACUGUUCAGGGACCAGGACACUGAAAUGACUGCAAAAAUGUCUUCUAAAGAACUGAAGAACAUUUUUGAAAAAUAUGCAGCCAAAGAAGGUGAUCCAAACCAGCUAUCAAAGAAUGAGCUGAUGCUACUGAUUCAGACUGAAUUCCCCAGUUUACUGAAAGGUCCAAGCACCCUAGAUGACCUCUUUAAAGAGCUGGACAAGAAUGGAGAUGGAGAAGUUAGUUUCGAAGAAUUCCAGGUGGUACUGAACAAGAUAGCCCAGUGAAAGAAAACACAAAAUGCUAUUAUUCUGAUGAUCCAGAGAACAGCACCUGACUUGUGGCCUAUUCGAGAGUCUCCAAUGCCUCUGUUUAAGUCUUUCCAAUUAUAAUGACCUGGCAGUGAUAGCUGGUUAUUACUAAUAAAGAAUUUCUUAGACGUGC